CUACGAGCUGCUGUAGCCCACACUCCGGCCACCUGCUCACGUGUGGGCGCGAACCCAACCCAUCGACCCAUCGCCAUGGUGGAAGGCUUCUCCGAGUUGGUCCAGGCCUCGGGCAUCUCUGUGCCCGCUCGCGCGCGCUUCGUGGGGCGGUUCUUGGGCUAUACGACCUUCGGUGCGCUGACCUUUGGUUUGGUUUGUGGGCAGCUGGGCGUCUUUCUGCUUGGGCAGCAAUGGAGCUCCGCCUCAAGCUCACAUGCGACGGGAAGUAGAUGACAGGAUUGGCUUGGGGCCCUUGAUCCCCUUCGCGUGGGGCUCCUGGUUUGGCUACACCCUGUCCUCGAUCUCCUUCCUCCGGGCGGAGUUUGCCACUGCGAGGGAGUAUGUGCGAGACUAUCCCAGGUUGCUGGAGUACGUGCUCCGCACUGAAUUCAGCUGGGCUCAGCUUCCGCAGGAGAUCUCGGUGGACCAGUGGGCGGAAGGAUCAUUGCCGCGGCUGAGUUGGUGCGUUUUGGCCUCCCAAAGUUGUCAGGUCCGGGCCGGAGGGGAGAACAUCGGCGGAUAUAUGGCGGAUGUGGAAGAAACCGUGGACAAGGUCGCCACCAAGAGCGAUCCGGGAGCAGCGAUGGGGAUGAAAUCGCGUGUCCAAGUUGCGGCGCACAGCAUUCAGUUGGAGGAACACAUUUGAGAUCAGAUUUGGCAGGUUUAUAGACCAAAGUGACCAAGAACAGUGACGUCUUUCACCGCUGUUAUUGACAUGCUGACAUGCUUGGCAAGGCCAACUGUUUGUGGCACUUUCUCCUGAGAGCCAGAAGGUCCGUAUUUGACUUCCAUUUUGGGCAAGACCAGCUCAUCAUUGGCCUGAAGGUUGUAGCGAACCGACGUAAUCAGCCAUGCUUCAUGUGGCAUCUCUUGAUCUCCACUUUUCGCACUCCAAACGAUGCGCGGGUUGAGCUUCAUGGCAACCGGUCCUCGACUCCAUCCAGGCCUUGAUCCAAGAACAACAAGAACAGAAGCGACGGGAGUUGCUCGAGCUGGAAUGAGAUGGGAGAAGGUUGCCUGAAAGUUGCUACACCAGGUGCAUGCCACCCCUGAUGCCCCAAGUGCGUGUCAUACGUCGGAUUCAUAGAGUCUGCAAAUAUAGGCCAAUGGAUACCGA